UCCCCCAGCCGGCUCUUAAGAUAGGUUCACCGACGGCGAUCUUAUCACCGCCGUCCUCAUGGCCUCUUCAAUAGCAUCUUCCCUCUUCCGUCCUUUCAUCACUUUCCGGCUAGCUUCCGGCGGCGGGGCUGGCUUUGGAGUUCCCCCUCGGCGGCUCUUCCUCGGUCUGGGGGCGUCGUUUCUCGAUCAGCUCCGACGAAUGAGUUCCAGCAACAGCAGCCGCUCACUGACAGCACUGGCCUGGCCGAAGCAGGGAGUCUCUCCAGUGGAGCAGGUUCUGAAGGACGUCGAAUGGCCGGAGAAGUUUCCCUUUAAGGACGAGGAUUUCAGCCGCUUCGAUGAGUCUUUGGACUCUUUGUUCUACUCUGAACCUCGUUUUGUCACACAUAUAGAUGAUCCGGCUAUUUCUGCCCUUACGAAAUUCUACUCUAAGGCGCUUCCCUCAAGUAAUACACCAGGGGUGUGCCUUCUUGAUCUUUGCAGCAGUUGGGUCAGCCAUUAUCCAGCAGGUUACAAGCAAGACAGAAUUGUGGGGAUGGGACUGAAUGAAGAUGAGCUCAAGCAAAAUCCGGUUUUAACAGAAUACAUUGUACAAGACCUGAACGUGAACCCAAAACUUCCAUUUGAAGAUAAUUCAUUUGAUGUUAUAACUAAUGUGGUUAGUGUUGAUUAUUUGACCAAACCAAUUGAUGUUUUCAAGGAAAUGCACCGAAUUCUCAAGCCAGAGGGUUUGGCUAUAAUGAGCUUCUCAAAUCGUUGCUUUUGGACAAAAGCCAUCUCUAUCUGGACAUCAACUGGUGAUGCUGAUCAUGCAUGGAUUGUCGGCUCUUAUUUCCACUACGCCGGAGGAUUCGAGCCACCGGUGGCUUUAGACAUAUCACCCAACCCAGGGCGUACUGAUCCCAUGUAUAUUGUAUACUCUAGAAAGAAAGCAUUUGUUUGAGCAACACACAUUGGGAGACUACUAUUUAUUCAAAGAUUUCAGUGCAAGUAUGUUGGAUUUAAUACAAGCUGUUAUUCAUAAUGCAGUUUUUGAACCAUUAAAUAUUGAGUGUAUAAAGCUUUUGAGAUUUGCGUCUUAAGUUUAAAAAUUAGUGCUUCAUAUUUACAAAUUAAGUGAUUUUUGCGAACUAUCAAAUCGAUGCAUUUAUACACGUCACUUUCAAACAAUUGAGAAAUUGAAAUGUGAGUUGGGGUUUUACCAUGAUGUUUUAGUGAGAAUUUGAAGUAUGGAUGAAAGAGCGUGGUUGAUUUGUAAAUAGUAAGUUUUGGGUGGUCUGUAUGUAAUCGCCCU